UAUAAGUGGCUGGCGGCGAGCGCGCUUCAGUCAGUCCGCCCGCCCGAACAAUGCCUUCGCCGCCGGGGCCGGGCAGCCGCGGCUGAGCGCGGCGGGAGCCCCGGGCAGCGGACGCGCUUGCCGGCCACCGCCGCUCCCGGCGGAGGGGCUGGCGGGGGAACGGGCGCUCGCACGCCGCGAGCAUGUGGAUACCCACGGAGCACGAGAAGUACGGCGUGGUAAUUGCUGGUUUUCGAGGGACAGUCCCACAUGGCCUAUCACUGGAGAUUGGAGACACUGUUCAAAUAUUAGAGAAAUGUGAUGGAUGGUACAGAGGAUUUGCCUUAAAAAACCCCAAUGUUAAGGGCAUAUUUCCAUCUAACUACAUUCACUUGAAGAAUGCAUGUGUUAAGAACAAAGGACAAUUUGAAAUGGUUAUUCCAACAGAAGAUUCUGUUAUUACAGAAAUGACAUCAACUCUAAGAGACUGGGGAACUAUGUGGAAACAACUCUAUGUGAGGAAUGAGGGGGAUCUCUUUCACCGGCUGUGGCACAUAAUGAACGAAAUCCUAGACCUGCGAAGGCAGGUCCUUGUUGGCCACCUCACCCAUGAUCGAAUGAAGGAUGUCAAGCGACACAUCACUGCUCGUCUGGACUGGGGCAACGAACAGCUGGGGCUUGACUUAGUUCCAAGAAAAGAGUAUGCUAUGGUGGAUCCUGAAGACAUCAGCAUUACAGAGCUCUACAGGCUGAUGGAACAUCGCCAUCGAAAAAAAGACACACCAGUACCAGCUAGCAGCCACCAUCUUUUUGUUCAGAUGAAGAGUUUAAUGUGCUCCAAUCUGGGAGAGGAACUGGAAGUAAUCUUUUCACUCUUUGAUAGUAAAGAAAAUCGACCCAUCAGUGAAAGAUUUUUUUUAAGACUGAAUAGAAAUGGUUUGCCAAAAUGUCCAGAAAAGCCUGAAAGACACUGUUCUCUCUUUGUGGACUUGGGUAGCAGUGAACUCAGGAAGGACAUCUAUAUCACUGUGCACAUUAUCCGAAUAGGACGAAUGGGAGCUGGAGAAAAGAAAAAUGCCUGCAAUGUACAGUAUAGACGUCCCUUUGGCUGUGCAGUCCUCAGUAUUGCAGAUUUGCUGGCAGGAGAUUCAAAGGAUGACCUUGUCUUAAAAGUCUACAUGUGCAACACAGAGAGUGACUGGUAUCAGAUCCAUGAAAAUAUCAUUAAAAAGCUGAAUGCACGUUACAACUUGACAGGCUCCAAUGCAGGUCUGGCAGUUUCUCUUCAGUUGCUUCAUGGAGACAUAGAACAAAUUAGGAGGGAGUAUACAUCCAGAUUUACCCAUGGAGUAUCUAUAACAAGGAAAUUAGGUUUUUCCAAUAUUAUAAUGCCGGGUGAAAUGAGGAAUGAUUUAUAUAUCACUGUAGAAAGAGGAGAAUUUGAAAAAGGAGGGAAAAGUGUGGCCAGAAAUGUGGAAGUGACAAUGCAUGUGGUGGACAGCAGUGGUCAAAUCUUAAAGGAUUUUAUCUCAUUUGGCUCUGGAGAGCCACCAGCCAGCGAAUACCAUUCUUUUGUGCUUUAUCAUAACAAUUGCCCCAGGUGGGCUGAGCUGCUGAAACUUCCUAUUCCUGUGGAUAAGUUCAGAGGAGCUCACAUCCGCUGUGAAUUCCGGCACUGUUCCACAAAAGAAAAGGGUGAGAAGAAGUUGUUUGGCUUUUCUUUCAUGCCCCUGAUGCAGGAAAAUGGGAGGACUCUGCCAGAUGGCACCCAUGAACUAAUUGUACACAAGUGUGAAGAAAAUGCAAACCUUCAGGAUUCUGGUCGCUACCUCAAACUCCCCUUUUCAAAGGGAAUAUCCCUAGGAAACAACAGCCAAGCAGUAAAAACCACUAAAGAGUCCUUCUGGAUUACAUCUUUUCUCUGCUCCACUAAACUCACACAAAAUGGAGAUAUGCUUGACCUUCUGAAGUGGAGAACCCACCCAGACAAAAUUGCAGGUUGCCUCUCAAAAUUAAAAGAAAUUGAUGGUUCAGAAAUAGUGAAGUUUCUUCAAGAUACACUAGACACUUUAUUUGGGAUUUUAGAUGAAAAUUCUCAAAAAUAUGGAUCAAAAGUAUUUGAUUGCUUGGUUCACAUAAUAAAUUUGCUGCAGGACAGCAAGUUUCACCACUUUAAGCCAGUAAUGGACACUUACAUUGAAAGUCAUUUUGCAGGAGCACUUGCAUACAGAGAUCUUAUAAAAGUACUGAAGUGGCAUAUUGAUCGAGUCACUGAGGUGGAGCUUCAUGAUCACAUACAGGAAGUACUAAAGGCACAGGAAUAUAUCUUUAAAUACAUAGUUCAAUCUCGAAGAUUAUUCUCUAUUGCUACUGGUGGACAAAAUGAGGAGGAAUUUCGCUGCUGUAUUCAAGAGCUCCUUAUGUCAGUACGCUUCUUCCUGUCUCAGGAGAGCAAAGGAACAAGUGCUUUAUCCCAACUACAAGCUGUGUUUCUCAGCUCAUUCCCAUCAGUGUACUCAGAACUUUUGAAGCUCUUUGAUGUGAGAGAAGUGGCAAAUUUGGUUCAUGAUGCUUUGGGCAGCUUGCCAACAGUGAUGCAUGGGGAUGAAUCCCUUCAAGCUGUUAAACUGCAGAGUAUUGGGAAAACUGUGGAGAGUCACCUGUACACUAACCCAGAUUCUCGAUGCAUUCUUCUUCCAGUAGUUUUACAUCAUCUCCACAUGCAUUUACAGGAGCAGAAGGACCUUAUAAUGUGUGCCCGUAUCCUUAGCAACAUAUUUUGCCUCAUCAAGAAGAACAGCUCAGAAAAAUCAGUCCUGGAAGAAAUUGAUGUGAUUGUAAACAGUCUGCUAGAUAUUCUGUUAAGGACCAUACUAGAGAUCACCAGCCGACCACAACCAUCAGGCUCUGCUCUGCGCCUCCAGUUUCAAGAUGUGACUGGAGAAUUUGUCUCCUGUUUACUGUCACUCUUGCGACAAAUGACUGAUAGACACUAUCAACAGCUUCUUGAUAGCUUCAACACAAAGGAAGAUCUGAGGGAUUUCCUGCUGCAGAUUUUCACAGUAUUUCGGAUACUAAUACGACCAGAGAUGUUUCCAAAAGACUGGACAGUGAUGCGUUUGGUUGCAAACAAUGUGAUCAUUACUACAGUCUUGUACCUUUCGGAUGCCCUUCGUAAAAACUUCUUAAAUGAAAACUUUGAUUACAAGAUAUGGGAUUCCUACUUUUUUCUUGCUGUCAUUUUUAUAAACCAGUUAUGUCUGCAACUGGAGAUGUUCUCACCUUCCAAGAAGAAAAAGGUUUUAGAAAAAUAUGGUGACAUGAGGGUAACAAUGGGAUGUGAAAUCUUCAGUAUGUGGCAAAAUUUAGGAGAACACAAACUUCACUUUAUUCCAGCAUUGAUUGGCCCUUUCCUGGAAGUGACCUUGAUCCCUCAGCCAGACCUGAGGAAUGUAAUGAUUCCUAUUUUCCAUGACAUGAUGGAUUGGGAGCAAAGGCGAAGUGGCAACUUUAAACAGGUGGAAGCAAAGCUGAUUGACAAACUGGACAGCCUAAUGUCAGAAGGUAAAGGUGAUGAAACAUACCGAGAACUCUUCAACAGUAUUCUGCUGAAGAAAAUUGAGCGGGAAACAUGGAGGGAAAGUGGUGUUUCAUUAAUUGCCACUGUGACUCGCCUCAUGGAGAGGCUCCUGGACUACAGGGACUGCAUGAAAAUGGGAGAAGUGGAUGGCAAAAAGAUUGGCUGCACUGUUAGCCUUUUGAAUUUUUACAAGACUGAACUGAACAAGGAAGAGAUGUAUAUUCGCUAUAUUCAUAAGCUCUAUGACCUACAUCUGAAAGCACAAAACUUCACAGAGGCUGCCUACACGCUCCUGCUGUACGAUGAGCUGCUGGAGUGGUCUGAUCGGCCGCUCAGGGAAUUCCUCAACUACCCCAUGCAAACAGAGUGGCAGCGUAAGGAGUGUCUCCAUCUGACCAUCAUUCAAAACUUUGACAGGGGAAAGUGUUGGGAAAAUGGCAUUAUCUUAUGCAGGAAAAUUGCAGAACAGUAUGAGAGCUACUAUGACUACAGAAACCUCAGCAAGAUGAGGAUGAUGGAAGCAUCUCUAUAUGAUAAAAUUAUGGAUCAACAGCGUUUGGAGCCAGAAUUUUUCAGAGUUGGUUUCUACGGGAAAAAGUUCCCAUUCUUCUUGAGAAAUAAGGAAUUUGUUUGCCGAGGACAUGACUAUGAAAGGCUGGAGGCCUUCCAGCAGCGAAUGUUGAAUGAGUUCCCACAUGCCAUUGCUAUGCAACAUGCUAAUCAGCCAGAUGAGACCAUCUUUCAGGCAGAAGCACAGUAUUUGCAGAUUUAUGCAGUGACACCAAUUCCAGAAAACCAGGAAGUCUUGCAGAGAGAUGGCAUUCCUGAUAAUAUCAAGAGCUUUUACAAAGUAAACCACAUCUGGCGAUUCCGAUAUGACAGACCAUUUCACAAAGGGACCAAGGACAAGGAAAAUGAAUUCAAGAGUCUGUGGGUAGAGAGAACCACACUGAUCUUGGUGCAGAGUUUACCUGGAAUAUCUCGUUGGUUUGAAGUAGAAAAACGUGAAGUGGUGGAAAUGAGUCCCCUUGAGAAUGCUAUUGAAGUCUUAGAAAAUAAGAACCAGCAGUUAAGAACACUGAUUAGUCAGUGUCAAACUCGACAGAUGCAGAACAUUAACCCUCUCACAAUGUGUCUAAAUGGGGUCAUUGAUGCAGCAGUUAAUGGUGGAGUUGCUAGAUACCAAGAGGCAUUCUUUGUCAAAGAAUACAUCUUGAACCACCCAGAAGAUGGAGAGAAGAUCACACGCUUAAGAGAACUUAUGCUUGAGCAGGCCCAAAUUCUAGAGUUUGGCUUGGCUGUGCAUGAGAAGGUGGUGCCGCAGGAUAUGAGGCCAUUGCACAAAAAGCUGGUGGAUCAGUUCUUUGUGAUGAAGUCAAGCUUGGGAAUACAGGAGUUUUCUGCCUGUGUACAAGCCAGCCCUGUUCAUUUCCCAAAUGGAAGUCCUCGUGUAUGUCGGAAUUCUAUACCCAUUUCUAUGAGCCCUGAUGCUGCCAGGGUAAUACCACGACGCAGCCCCUUGAGUUACCCAGCUGUCAAUCGGUAUUCAUCCUCAUCACUGUCAUCCCAAGCUUCUGCUGAAGUCAGCAACAUCACUGGGCAGUCGGAAAGCUCAGAUGAAGUUUUCAACAUGCAGCCUAGUCCAUCUACCUCAAGCCUGAGUUCUACUCAUUCUGCUUCACCUAAUGUGACCAGUUCUGCUCCAUCCAGUGCCAGAGCUUCUCCUCUGUUAUCCGACAAACAUAAGCAUUCCCGAGAAAACUCUUGCCUGUCUCCCAGAGAGAGGCCCUGCAGUGCCAUCUACCCUACUCCUUUGGAAACUUCUCAGAGAAUGCUGUUUAAUCAUAUUGGAGAUGGUGCUUUGCCACGAAGUGAUUCCAAUCUGCCCGGCUCUGACAAAGCUGUAAACACCACCCCCAGCAGCUGGAGCCUGGACAGUGGGAAGGAAGCCAGAAACACAUCAGAAAGUGGAAAGCUUAUAUCUCCUCCUGUACCACCAAGACCUGCACAGACUGCAUCACCAGCAAGACACAUAGCCUCCAUUUCCCCUUCUCCUGCUGGAAGAUCACCAAUGAAGGGGUCUGUGCAAUCAUUCACACCAUCUCCAGUGGAGUAUCAUUCCUCGGGGCUCAUAUCCAACUCCCCAGCGCUGUCAGGGAGUUACAGCAGCGGCAUCUCUUCGCUCAGCCGAUGUAGCACAUCAGAAACAUCAGGCUUUGAAAGCCAAGGCAGUGAACCAGCAGUGACUGUCCCAAGCUACAGCAUUUCUGAGGAGCCUGUGAGAAAAGAAAGCAAAACCCCGCCACCUUACAGCGUGUAUGAGCGGACUUUGAAGCGCCCCGUUCCUCUACCUCACAGCCUCUCCAUCCCGCCCGCCGCAGACCCCCCGGCACUGCCACCCAAGCCACAGCUUGUUCGGCCAAACAACCUGGAAAACAGCAGCAGGAGGACUGAGCAGGUUCCCCGGCCCAGGCCUCUGCCCCGCAAAGUCUCUCAGCUAUGAGAAGCCACUUUUAUAUUUAAUUGCAACACAUUCUUUACUGUUUAAGAAAUAAUAUUUUUUAAAAAUGGUAAAACUCAUUUAGUUAGGCACUUUAAUAUUUUGUCCACCUUUUCUUUUGAGUAAUUUUGAAAUGCUUAUUAAUAUUAUGUUGCACAUUUUAAAUGAAAUUACUAAUUUAGGUUACCAGAUAUUAUAGGAAGCAUGAAUGAGAGGAUUUUUUUUUUUUUUAAUUUUGUGGUGGUGAAUACUGAUAAAUGUUUUUAUUUAUAAAAUCUAAAACCCUACAACUCUCAUCUGAGUUAGCUGAAUGCUUCUUACAAAAUGCAGAAUAUACUGACUGGAUCUUUACUACUAGAGAUAAAUGCACGCUUUCUAACAAAGUAGUCUGUAGACUAGGAUGUUUCUGCAAGUAGGCUGAAAGUUGUUUCUCUUAUCUGAUGAACAGGUUGGUAAUUUCAAAUGUAUGUGGCAAAACUGAGAUAUAAUGCAAGUUAUCUAGCAGAGGACUGUUGUAAGAAUGUGGUUUGGAAUUUUUGAAACACACACUUGGCUUAUUUUUUUUUAAGAUGGAAAAAUACCUGUAUUUCAUUCAGCAUACAGCACCAUUCUGGUGAAUCACGAUAAGGUUUUGUGCCAUUAGUAUACGUACCUGACACAUCUUUUUCUUUUUGAGGUGCAAUUUACUUUUAUUCUUCCAGUUAAUGUAUUUUUUUGUUGUUGUUUUAGUUUCAGAUUUUUUAUGAAUGCUCUCUGCUGUUCUUGGAAGCUCACCCUAAAAUACAAUCUGUAUAUUAAACAGGUACAAAUGAAUUGUUCAUUUAACUUGUGUACAAGAGUCAAUACUGACUAGUAUCAAGGCAAUUCACUAAAUGAGCCAAUUUUUAAAAAUAAAAAUGGCUGGUUUACAAUCCACUCAUUUCAAAAGCUAAUUGUGAUGGUCAUUAAUAAUUUUCUAAAAGUCUGGUAAAAAUUCUGAACAGUUCCUUGGAUGUGUAUGUGCCAUUGGAGCCAGGCUUUUGAUUCGCUUUUUAGCUUGAGUUCAUCACCAUCAUCUUUAUUGUUGAGAAUGGUGUUUGGCCUUAGGUUGUAUUUUAGUGACUGGCAUCUGAAGAGCUCUGGAAAGCUAAUGCCAAGACAUAGGAAUGUGGAGGGGAAGGAAGGAAAAAAAAGCACCUUCUGUAUGUUUUGUAUCCUCUUUCUUUUAUUGACUGUUUAAAUGUGCUUGGGAACAGAUGUGUGAACUGCAUUUUAAAUCAUAUUGUUAAAAAUAUUCUCCCUCUUUUGUUGGGAAGCUCAUGUUGAUCUUAGCUGUGUUUGAUUUGUUGAUAGUUUAACUGGAAGAAAGUGACCACUUUUUUAUAUUCUCUCAAUUAAACCUUCAGCAGUUACAAGCUGUUGACAGUAGUUAUAGAAGUUUUCUAUAAUAAAUGUUCAAGUAUUUUUGUACAUAAUUGGUAAAUUUUAAUAAGGAGUGUACCAUUAUGUGAAAAAGAAGCAAACAGUUGUGUAUGCAGUAAGAUUGUUAUAAUUAUGCCAAAUACUUUAUGUAUGGAAAAAAGAAUAUUUGUAAAUAUGUGCUUUUAACAAUAAUUCUGCCAUAUUGACUUUACAAUUUUGAAUGUCAGAAAAAAAAUAAUAUAUGUUAAAAUAUUUAUGUUUUAGUGAAAGUAUUCAUAACUUGAAAAGGAACAUAUGAAUUUUAGCUUUGUAUCUUGCUGAUUUCAAAAUCUGAAAUUCCUUGAACUAGCUCUUGCUUUCUACUAUAACAUUUUUAUGUCUGUAACCACAUCAUAAAACCUGUAGAAGGCUACAUAUUUAUGCUGAUAUAAAAAGUAAUGCCUGAAAUUUAAAUAAGGUGUCACAAGUAAGAUAACAAAGCUGCUCUGAUUUUUUUUUCCACCCAUGUAAUUUAAUAGAUUUUGUUGACUAGUGCUUGAGCACAGUACAGUAUGGAUCAGUGUUAUUUGCUCCUGAAGCCUUUUUUUUUUUUAAUUUCUGGCAGUAAGCAGAGUUGAUGACUUUAUCAUUUGCGUGCAUUACUGGUCAGCUUUGCAGCAAAACAUUUCACAAAGUCUCUGUUUACCUAGAAACUCGUAUUGGUUGCUGCAUAAUGUUAGUAUGAAAUAAAAGAACUUGAUUAAUCUUUACAGUACAACUUGUUUUCUACAGAACAAGAGAUUCUAAUUCAGUUACCCACAGAAUGGAACUUCUGACUCCUUGUCUUGCUAAAUACUUUUUUUUUUCUGUUAAAAAUCUCCUGAUUGAGUUUUCUCCCUAUUUGGACCCAUAAUUGCUUUGUGAGACAAGGUGGGGAGAAUAUUGAUAUGCUCUUCUGAACAAGUGAAGAACGCAAAAUUUACUAGAGAGUUCACUGUAAAUUAACCUGCAUGAGCAUUCUGUUGUUAUAACCAGGACAUCAGAAAUACUCUGAAUGACAGAAAAUGGUGUAAAAUUGACAAAGUACUCUUAAGCCGAGUUGACACAUUUUCUGCUUAGCCAGUUUUGACAAAUUGAUUCUGUAGAUCAGUUUUUCAACCUGAUUACCUAUAAAAAAUGUAGUAUGAAAUUUUGUUAAGUAUGUUGCAAUACCCACUGCUUGAAAACCUAAUGUAAAUAAAGGUCUUGUUUGA